AUGGCUGUGGCCUCCGCUGCCCCAGGGAGCACCUUCUCUAAGCAGCUCCUUUUCUCUCUCCUGGUUCUGGUGUUAUUUUGCGAUGCCUGUCAAAAAAUUUCUCUUCAAGUUCCUGCUCAUCUUAAGGCUGAAACACUUGUAGGCAAAGUGAAUCUGGACGAGUGCCUCAAAUCAGCCAGCCUGAUCCUGUCCAGUGACCCAGCCUUCAGAGUUCUAGACGACGGCACAAUCUUUACAACACAUGACCUGCUCUUGUCCACUGAACAGAGGAGGUUCUCCAUCUUCCUAUCAGACAGUCAGAGGCAGGAGCAAAAGGAAAUAGAAAUUGAACUGUCAGCAAGAGAAAAAAAGGUAUUUAGGAAGAGACAUACCGAAGACCCAGUGCACAAACGCAGUAAGAGGAGAUGGGCUCCAAUUCCGUGUUCGCUGAUGGAGAACUCAUUAGGUCCAUUCCCACAACACGUUCAACAGAUUCAAUCUGACGCUGCCCAGAAUUAUACCAUCUUUUACUCCAUCAGUGGACCAGGGGUGGACAAAGAGCCUUUCAAUUUGUUUUACAUAGAGAAAGACACUGGGGACAUCUAUUGCACCAGGAGCAUUGACCGUGAGCAGUAUGAUCAAUUUUUGGUGUAUGGAUACGCAACCACUGCUGACGGCUAUGCUCCAGAUUAUCCUCUCCCCUUGCUGUUCAAGGUUGAAGAUGACAAUGACAAUGCCCCAUAUUUUGAAACCAAACUGACAGUUUUUAGUGUGCCUGAAAAUUGCCGAACUGGAACUUCAGUAGGACAAGUGACUGCCAUAGACAACGAUGAGCCGGGAACCCUACACACUCGUUUGAGAUUCAAAAUCCUACAACAAAUCCCAGAUCACCCAAGGCACUUCUCCAUACACCCAGACACAGGUGUGAUCACUACCACCUCACCUUUACUGGACAGAGAGAAAUGUGAUACUUACAAGCUAGUGAUGGAAGUUCGAGAUAUGGGUGGCCAGCCCUUUGGUCUAUUCAAUACAGGAACAAUAACAAUCUCACUGGAGGAUGAAAACGACAAUUCACCGUAUUUCACCCAAACUUCUUAUACUACAGAAGUAGAAGAAAACAGAAUUGAUGUUGAGAUUCUAAGGAUGACAGUCCAAGACCAAGAUUUGCCUGGCACCCCUCACUCCAAAGCAGUGUACUCAAUUCUCCAAGGGAAUGAAAAUGGGAACUUCAGAAUCACAACAGACCCGAACACAAAUGAAGGAGUUCUGUGUGUUAUCAAGCCACUGAACUAUGAGGCCAGUCGCCAAGUCAUUCUGCAAAUCGGUGUCCUUAAUGAAGCCCAGUUCUCUAAAGCUGCCAAUGGACAGACCCCCACAAUGUGCACCACGACUGUGACUGUGAAAAUUAAAGACAGUGAUGAGGGCCCCGAGUGCCAGCCACCAGUCAAAGUCAUCCAGAGCAAAGACGGGCUGCCAGCCGGCCAAGAGCUCUUGGGCUACAAAGCCAUGGACCCAGAAACAAGCAGCUCUGACGGCAUAAGGUAUCAGAAGGUAGGAGAUGAAGAUAACUGGUUUGAAAUUAAUGAAAGCACCGGAAACUUGAAAACCCUAAAAAUACUAGACAGAGAAUCAAAGUUUGUGAAAAACAACCAGUACAAUAUUUCAGUAGUGGCGAUGGAUGCAGUUGGCCGGUCCUGCACGGGAACACUGGUAGUUCUUCUGGAAGAUUUUAAUGAUCACCCACCACAGGUUGACAAAGACCUGACCAUUUGUCAGCAGGAGAAGGAUUAUGCUGUUCUGGAGCCUGUUGACCUAGAUGGGCCUGAUAAUGGUCCACCUUUUCAGUUUUUCUUGGAUAAUUCUGCCAGCAAACUUUGGACUCUAGAACCACAGGAUGGGAAACGUGCCAUUCUUCGCCAGCGACACAAUCUCAAUUAUGACUAUUAUUCCGUGCCAAUCCAAAUACAAGAUAGACAUGGUGUCUCUGCAAAGCAUAUGCUCUCAGUGAGAGUGUGUGACUGUACAGUUCCCUCAGAGUGUAGAAUGAGUGCUAAGGAGGAAAGGGACAUUAAACCAAAAGUAAUCCUUGGGAAAUGGGCCAUUCUCUCCAUGGUCCUGGGCUCCGCACUGCUACUGUGUAUUCUGUUUACAUGUUUCUGUGUGACUACUACGAAGAGAACAGUCAAAAAAUGCUUCCCCGAUGAUGUGGCCCAGCAAAAUUUAAUUGUAUCAAAUACCGAAGGGCCGGGAGAGGAAGUGACGGAGGCAAAUAUUAGACUCCCCGCACAAACAUUCUGUGAUACAAGCACAUCUGUUGGGACUCUUGGUGGCCAAGGAAUCAAAACACAACAAAAUUUUGAGAUGGUCAAAGGAGGCUACACUUUGGAGUCCAACAAAGGAGGUGGCCACCACACCUUGGAGUCCAACAAGGGAGGUGUGCUGGGAACAGCAGACACUGGCCGAUACGCAUACACUGACUGGCAAAGUUUCACUCAACCCCGGCUUGGUGAAAAGGUGUAUCUGUGUGGACAAGACGAGGAACACAAGCAUUGUGAAGAUUACGUCCGUUCGUAUCACUAUGAAGGCAAAGGCUCCAUGGCCGGCUCUGUGGGCUGUUGCAGUGAUCGGCAGGAGGAAGAAGGGCUGGAGUUUUUAGAUCACUUGGAACCAAAAUUUAGGACAUUAGCAAAGACAUGUGUGAAGAAAUAAACAUUUUGGUUAAUAGAGCAACAUCUGCAGUGAAUACAGGGGCGUCCCUGCAUGCAAAAGGAUAGCAGUUUGCAGUGGCGACUAUGCUUAUUGAAGGUGACGCCAUCUACAGAUGAGGAUGCUUUACCAACCACAGCUCUUCAAGUUCUCCUUGUCUCCAGAACUUCUGUGUUGUGUAGACAGGAAGUUGUCACUGUUCCUUUUCUUUCUGUGCAUGUGUGCAUUGCCCUCCCAGGACUGGACUGUGUCUGCCACUGAAACUGGUGACGUUUGAAACUUAAGCUCUUUUGCACGCUAGGCAAGACUCUGUAGUGGAGUUGGGUAUUGUGGAAGCUUAAAAUAGGAAUCUGCCUUGUGUAUAUACAAAUGAAAUAGUUUCUUCAAAAUCAGGGGGAGAAUUCUGUUUCUACAUUUUUUCUUUUGGUGCCAAGUUAUCGUUUUCCCUCUCCCAAACUAGCUUCAGAUAGAUUUUUAAGUAUUUUUAGAUGUAGUCUUUCGUGUGUCUAAAUAGGCUUUUCACUCCUCCAAGGAGCACUGUCUUCACUCAGGAGCCUACGAGUCCUCAGAUCAGCCUCCUGGAACUCUUGUUGGAAUGGCAUGGGUCCCAACAUCUUGAGCUAGAGAUUGGUUAAGGAAUCCAUGGAAACACUGGACUCCUGAUCUCCACAGGCUGGCGUAGGCUCAUGGAUAUAUUUUGUUUGUCUGACUUAAUGUGGGAAUACUUUACAUUUACAAAUACAUGUGCAAGUACUUUGGGAAGAAUCUUAGCUACUUAAUUUGACACUGACGCAUUAUUUCAGUGGUUUUCAACUGCUCUUCAUCUUCAAACCUUUUUCCAAUGAGUCUUAAAGUCAUCUAGUUGUAACCGGCACAGGGUUUAACAUUAUCCAUGUGUCAAUGCUACAUUAGCGUCCAUGCUGGAACUUACUACUCAGUACACUGAGUAUUAAUUUGGUAAUUACUCAAAGAAAAACUGGAAGACUAGAAAUAAUUUUGAGUAGAUAUACAUUAAAAAUUUUAAUCUAUUUCAGCAACAUGUGCUUAAUAUUGAAUUAUGAAUUCAUAAAUAUUUUAAUAAUGAGUGGUAAUAAGAAGGUUUGACAUUUUAAUAAGAUAUUAUUUUACUGAUCUAUAAAGAAACUAUAUAUUUGAAUGAUUUUUUGUGGAAAACUACAGAUAUUGUUAAGUUACAUCUUGUGGAAACUUUAUAUUUAAACUAAAUUGAAUUUCUUAACCCAUUCCAUUCUAUUUUCAAAAUAGAUUUCUGUUUCAUUUAGGUUUUGUAAUUAGUCCUAUUGUCUCAGUUAGGAAAGGAGUUUUUUAUUGUGAAAUUGGAUAUAAGAAUAAAAUGAAACAUGGCUUUGAUAAACCAGAUUUGGUUUUUCAAUUCUCCCAUAAUAUAUUUUUUUGCAAUCAUUGUAAGAUAAUUUGGACUGGUGAAGUGAUUUUGCUUUUUGAAGAAAUGUCACUCUGACAAUGUAGAUUAUGACAUUUUAGGAUCUAAUAGUAUCAAUUUGGAAAUGCAUCAAAUGCCACAGUAAGUUAUAUUCUUCAGUAUACUUACAGAACAUUAAAUGAGCAGUUGUAAUCAUUAGCUUAACAAUAGCUUAAUUUGCAUUGUUUGUCUUCAUCUUCCUCUUAUACUUGCUGAAUUAUAGAUGAGGAAAUUUAUGUCUAAAUUAGGAAGCACAAUUGACGUUCACAGUAGACCCUUUUUUAUCAAGAGAAAGCUCCUCGAAGUGUCAGAGAGUUAUUAGAAAGCACAGGAAAUAAUCUGUAUUAAGCAUUUUUAAGCUAUUUUAAACAUUUUCAAGCUAUUAUCAAAACUUAUCUCAGAAAAAUUAUAUUUAUUGUUGGAUUUAUUUAGGCAACUCUGUGCAAUUCUCUUUUUACAUCAAAAUUUAAAUAUUAAUUGUAUGAUGAA